AUGACUUGGAGGCAUAUACCGUCCCGGCAGAAUCCGGCGGAUAUCUCAUCUUGUAAAUGUACCCAUAUUGAGCUGGUGGGAUCAAAACUUUGGAGUGAAGGACCGCACUUCUUACUCACUGAUUCUUCUACAUGGCCCGAUGACGCGCCCCCUGUCAAGGAACUUCCUGAGCGUCGACGCAGCGCAUUGGUGCUGUCGCAGGAAAUGGACAUCUCACACAGUUGCAAGUUUGGAAAUUCGUUUGGGAGAAUGCAGAGAGUCUUCGAAUAUAUAUAUCGGUUCCUUCAAAGGGUCAGCAAGGAUCGAGUACGGCACAAAGGAGAGCUUACAGUCGAGGAAAUCAAAGGUGGUACUCAUCUACUCAUUAAAGGGAUUCAGCGCGUGCAUUUCGGCCAAGAUCACAAGGCACUAACCUUGAAGAUGAAGCUGUCACCGAGGAGUAAACUUCUAUCCUUAAACCCAUUUAUAGAUGCAGGAGGUCUAAUGCGCGUCGGCGGACGCCUUCAUAAUUCGCAGCUGGAUUUCGAUGCCAAGCACCCUAUGAUUCUUCAUAAGUCUCAUCAUAUAACCUCAGCCAUCAUUGAUCAUUUUCAUUGCAAGUUCCUUCAUGCAGGAACACAGGGCUUGUUAGCCGCUUUACGACAGAGAUUCUGGCCCAUUGGAGGGCGAAAAACGGUUUCUGCUGUCAUCAACAAGUGCAUUCAAUGUUUUAGAUUAAAGCCCAAGCUAGUCGAACACAUCAUGGCGCCGCUUCCGGAGGACCGAGUGCAGCCGAAUCGCCCAUUCGUCAUCUCUGGAGUGGACUUUUGUGGCCCCUUUUAUUCGAAGUCAGAGGUCAGAAACAGGCCCCCUACGAAGAGCUACACAGCCAUAUUCGUUUGCUUCGUCAGCAAACACUACACACUUGGAGGUUGUCGAAGACCUUUCAACGCAAUCGUUCAUAGCAGCCCUAAAGCGAUUUGGUCAGACAACGCAACGAACUUCGUGGGAGCCAAAAACGAGCUAGUUGAGCUUCGGCAGCUGUUUCUGAGCGAUCCUCAAAACAUUGAGCUAUGGAAUUCCCUUACGUCAAUGGAGACCCGGUGGAAUUUCAUCCCACCUCGUUCCCCGCACUUUGGUAGCCUGUGGGAGGCCGGCAUCUUCAUACAUGUUUGGACGGCAUAG